AAAGAACUUAAAAAAAAUUUACCACCCAACCUAAAAAAAGAAGAAGGAAAAAAAAAUUUUCUAUUACUUCUUUUCCUCUUUGCUCUUUAAUAAGCUUCAAGUAAUCAUGCCAAAGAGACUUUCAGCAUCCAGUUCGUCAUCACCGGUACCAAAGAAAAGACAUUUCGAAAGUGAUUAUGAAUCAACCGUUACUCAAACGUGGAUUACUUUAGGAAAUUGUGCUACUAGUCUUGGACUAGUUGUUCAUGCCAUUAAAUCAUUUGAAAAUGCAUUUAAUCAUGAUUCUUCUAAUAUUGAAGCAUUAUGUGGAUUAAGUAGUUCAUUAAGAUUAAAUGAUAUUAAUAUGAAUGAAACAAUUGGAUCUCAAAAUUCAAUUGAUCGUUUAAAUAAAUCAUUAGAUAUUCAUCCAAAUUUAUCAAAAUCUUUUAAGAUUUUUAAAGAAUUAGCUGAGUGUUAUUUAUUAAUUGGUUUGAAUGAUCAGGCCCAUCAAUCAAUUCAAACUGCCAUUCAAUUAUGUCCUUCUGAUCUGUCUCUUUGGUUAUUAAGUGCUCAAACUUUAAUUCGUGCUGGUGCUAGAUCUCAUGCUGCUGGUGCUUUAACUAGAUGUUUAUCAAUUUUACCCGAUUCUUUGUCAGUUUUCACCAAAGAUGAUAUUGAAACUGCUAGGGCUGCUCAUGCUGAAUUAGCCGCUAUUGCUGCUGCUGAUGGUAAUAUUGAAUUAUCAAUUGCUGAAUUAACCGCUACUUUAUCUUUACCCCCUCCUCCUUUAUCAAGAAUUGAUGAACACAUUGCUUUAUGGUGUGCCUUGGCUACUGCUAAGGAAAGAGCCAAUGAUAUUCCGGGUGCUUUACAAGCUUGUGAAGGUGCUGAAAAGGCAAUUGGCUCUUCUCCAAGAAUUUUAUUAACUCAUGCUUAUCUUUUAUUAAUUGAUAAUGAUGUUAAAAAUGCAGAAUUUUCAAUCAACGUCUUGAAUAAAAUUAUUGAAUUAGAACAAACUCAAAAAAAUGGUGAACCUCUUAAUGAUGGUGACUUCUUACCUUGGUAUUUAUUGGGUAAAGCUUACGCUUUAUUAAAUAGCCCUAGAGCUGCUUAUGAAUCUUAUCAAGUCGCUUUAAGAAGAGCUUCAAAUUCUCCAAUUACUUGGUUAGCUGUUGGUAAAUUAUAUCUUGAAUUAAAACAAUUACCGGACGCUUUAGCCGCUUAUUCUCAGGCUUUAAGAUUACAAAUUGAUGAAAAUUCCCCUGGUACUGCAACCGCAUGGGAUGGUUUGAGUUGUGUUUAUGAACGCUGUGAUGAUCAAUUAAUGGAUGCUUCCGAUGCUUGUGAAAGAUCAGCUGCUUGCUUCAGAGCUAUUGGUGAUAUCAAAAACGCCACUUUUUUCGAAGAAAGAGCCAAACAAUUAUCUCUUAGUUCCAAAAAGGAAGCUCCAGUUCCAGGUUUAAGAGAUCCUCCCGAUGUUCCAAGUUUCCUCUUGAGAGAUUUAGUUGCUGUAUUACCUUCAGAAAGAAUAUCUUUUGUUCAAGGUCCUCAAGAACAUCAACAACAACAAGCAGCUCCUCAACAACAAGCAACUCAACAACCCCAACAACAAGCUACUCAACAACCUGCGCAGCCAGCGCAAGCACCUCAUCCUCAUCAACCUCAACCACUCCCACCUCAAUAUUCACAACAAGCAACACCAUUAGCUCAACAUCAAAGCCCAAAUCCUCAGCAUCAAUUGAAUACUCCCCAACCAACUAGUCAAACACCUCAUCAAAGAACACCUCAACAACUUUAUCCUUUACCUCAACCUUAUAAAGAUAGUAAAUCACCAAGGCAAUUGACCCAUUUACCUCCUCCAAAUCAAGCAUGGUCUCCACCAACUCAACAGCCUCCAUAUCAACAACCCCAAUAUUUAUAUCAACAAGGACAUCCUAAUGCGGCCGGACCACCAGUUCCUCCACCACCCCAACAACCAUAUCAACAUUUACCAAAUGGUAUGUUACCACCACCACCAGGUCAUCAACAAGUACAAGUUCCACCACAAAGAUCACCUUUGAACCAUCCACAAAUGAUGGGGGCUAAUCAAUAUCCAUUAGGACCUCCAGGACCUCCACCACCAGGUUACGCUUACGGUCAAUACUUACCAAUACAAGGUGGAGUAGUUACGCAUCUUCCAUACGCAACUCCUCCAGUUAAUAAUUGGAGACGAUAAUCUUCACUACAGGCAUUUCAUAAAAAAAUUUAAUUGAACAACUUUUUUGAAUAAUACAGAUAAAUCAAGCACG